UAAAAAAACAAAGAAACACGGACGAGAAAAACUGCCACUACUCGUACGGUCAACUCGCCACGACACUCUGCCUAUAAGAAGAGCACUCUCCCUUCCAUGAUUUCUCGCAAUCACACAAAGAAUUAAAUAUUAAAAAAACAAAUUAAGUGGCAGAUCCCAAAUCCCCAGUUCGAGAUUCCGACAAACCCAGAAAUCUCCGUUUUCCUUUUCCGGCGAGAGGGAAGAGCACUGAGUCGAGUGACGAUGUUAUCGGUGGUCGUCAUUGCUGAGUUACUGGGCGAGUACACGGCGGCGCUGGCCAAGAUCGCCGCUGGGCUUCUUCCCCGACGUCCCGACCGCCGGAGUUCCGUACGGAUCGGGGGUUUGACGUUGACUCUGCCUUGUCCUAGUGGGUCGUCGACGAUUCCCGAUUUCUCCUCUCAUCUCGUCAAUCUCUGAUCUCAUCGCUUAGCACGGUUGAGAUUUUUCCCCGAGUGUCUCUCCGUUUUUUUUUGUAAAUCUGUAAGAAAUUAAUUAUAUAAUAUAUAUAUAUAUAUAUAUAUAUAUAUAUAUAUAUAUCAGAUUCCCGAGGUUUAAUCGUUGCUGAUGCGAUCACAUUUUUCCGGCGAAUGAUCCACGAACAUGAAAUUGGAUUUUGAAAUACGAGUACGGUCCAUUUCGUUAAUUAUGAACAUAAAGAUUUCAACAUCAAGAGAUUAGAUUAACCAUAUUUCUCCAACACAUUUGUAAUGGAAACACCUUGCUCUUGAAGGUAGCUGUGGACAUAGAUGGCGUAUCCAAUUUUUAGAAAACUCUGUAUAUUUUACAAAAAUAUUAUUUUCAUUAUUGACUUCAUAAAAUUCAGGAACUU